AUGAGUAUUUUCUUGUUAUCAUCAUCAUUAUGUGAUGAAAUUGAGAAAAUGAUGAAUUCAUUUUGGCGGGGGCAUAAUCAUGGCAGGGCCAAAGGUUUGCAUUGGCUUUCUUGGGACAUGCUAUCUAUGACUAAGAAGAAUGAGGGUAUGGGUUUCAAGAAUCUGAGUGCUUUUAACUAUGCAAUGCUUGGUAAACAAGUGUGGAAUUUUAUGACGAAGCCAGAUAUCUUAGUUACCAGGUUGUACAAGGCUAAAUACUACCCCAACUGUGACUUUCUUGACUCAUCAAUUGGGCACAAUCCGAGUUAUGUAUGGAGGAGCAUUUGGAGUUUGAAAUUUAUGGUUCAAGGAGGGUACAAAUGGAGUGUAGGUUCGGGAGAGAGUAUUCCAGCUUGGGGUCAAAUUUGGUUGCAUGAUAGUACAUCGUUGAUGAAUCCAUGGCCGAAUAACCCGAUGAUAUCCAGGCUGAAAUUUUCAGACUUGAUGCAACCAAAUGUCAAGCAAUGGAGUACUAACCUGAUUUAUUCUCUUGUAGGGGAGGGAAUAGCGGAGAUAGUUCUCAAUACUCCGUUAUUUGGAGUGGUUCAAGAGGAUAAAAUUGUGUGGAAAUUAGAAAGGAAUGGUGACUAUUCAGUGCCUAGUGCUUACCGUUUUUGUAUAAAUGAAGCCAUAAAUACAUCUCAUCUUAGGAUUGCUGAUAAUUGGGAUUUGAUUUGGAACAUUAAGACCCCUCCAAAGGUCGCUAAUCAAGAGAAACAAGCGGUAUUCGCUACUACCCCGUGGAGUCAUUGGAAAUGCAGAAAUAAUCAUGUUUGGAAUCAAAUUGAAGACUCUCAAGAUACUAUCUACAAUCGUUCAAUAAACCUGCUUCAUGGAUGGAGAAGAGCACAACAUAUAAGGAAUAACAAUAUCUCUCAAUCUUAA